CAAACAUACCAUAUACCAUGAUCUUAGCGAAGAAAGGAAGGAAAGUUCGGGAAUAAACGCACAAACGCAUUACUGAAACAAAAGAAAUAGGUAUAAUAACUUUCCCACCAUCGUUUCAUUCUCAUCUAUCAUCUCUGCUAUAACACUCUGACUGGAAGGAAAACACGAACAAGGAUUGAGAAUCGAAGAUGUUCAAGAAGGCGGUGGAAGCAAAGUCUCAGCAGAGAUUAUCCGGUGCCGACAGGAAGAAGCUAAAACGAACAAUUAAAGACAAAUUCCCAAGAGCUUCUGAUUCUGACCUAGACAUUCUACUUCCUCCCAAGGUAGAGAUAACAGUCGCCAAGUUUCAAACGCGAGUUCAUGUGUAUGCUGUGGAGGGAGGUUUUCCUGUGUUUUUCGACGUUGAUGGUCGCGGUUCGGACAUUUUCCCAACAGUUUAUGCUCUAUGGAUGGUCCCUGAGCUUCUGCCAGCUUUCAUACUCAAGGGCGGCGAGGUUUCUCGGUAUGUUAUAGGUGGAGCUGACUUGAUGUUCCCUGGUAUACUCGUGCCUCCUGAAGGUCUUCCAUCAUUUGCGGCUGGGGAAACAUGGGCGGUUAAAGUACCCGAAAAUCCUGCACCCAUUGCGGUUGGGAGCACAACGAUGAGCAGCGUCGAAGCUUUGAAAGCUGGAUUACGUGGAAAAGCAUUGAGAAUAACUCAUUAUUAUCGUGAUUUGCUUUGGGAAUCAGUUGAGGGCCGUUACGUGCCUAAUGAAGGUUUUUUGGAAGAUGUUGUGUUUGGGCAUCCUUCUCUAUUAUCACCACCUUCUCAAGACACUGAUUUGGUCGAGGCUUCUGGUGAGACAUCAAAUGACCAACAAAACAACACGAAAAGUGAUGAAGCGGAGGGAUCUCUGGAUGUAAGUGAGUUACCAGCCGACUCCAGCCAUACAUUAACAAGACCAAACUGUGAUGAAAAUACGGCGGAUGAAAUAACUGCUGGCAUGGUUGAUCUGAAAUUACUUGAUAUUCGCUCGUCUAAUGAACCAAAUGACCAACAUACUCUAUCAACCUCAGAUGUAGACUUGUUGUUAGAUAAGUGCCUUUUGCAAGCACUGCAUACAACAUUGAAGGAUAAAGACCUCCCCAUUCCUGGAAGCACUCUAUGGUCAAAUCAUGUAUUGCCAUGUAGGCCUUCAGGAAUGACCUUAGACAUCAAGAAGUCAUCGUACAAGAAGUUAUCUAAGUGGUUACAGGCAAAAUCCUCCACUGGCUUGAUAUCAGUGAAAGAAGAUAAGCAUAAAAAAGAAGUGGUACUAUUAUCAGUUAACCGAAAACAUGCUGAUUAUUCAUCCUUUAAGCCUGAAAAAAGACCAGUGGAGAAAACUGAGCAGUCCAGUGUCCAAUCUGUUAAUGAAGUUCGUUCGUCCAAAACUCUGGAAGUGGCUGAAAUCUACAAGCCAAGUGUACAUGUCAAUCCCAUCUUUUCAUCUGUAGGAGCUGAUACGGGGAAUCUUUAUACUGCUUCUGAAGCCACUGAUAUUGUCUUCGCAUAUGUUGAAAAGGAAAAUUUGGUGAAACCAACAAAUAAAUCCCUUGUGGUUCUAGAUGCAAUGUUAUGCGAUGCACUGUUCAAGGGGGCUAUUAAAAAAGGAACUACAUAUCCUACAGAAAUUCACAAGAAAGAUAUAGGCCAAACAUUUGUGAGCCGAAUGCAACCUCACCAUGUUGUGACAAGAGGUAAUGAAUCUGUAGUUCGUAAAGGUGCACUCAAAACAAUUCAGAUAUUGACAGAAAGGCGGCAAGGCAACAAGAAGGUAACCAAACUAUCUGGUAUGGAAUCAUUUCUUAUAGAUGCUGAAGCAUUAGCAUCAGAACUUCAGAAGAAGUUUGCUUGCAGUACCACUGUUGGAGAACUACCAGGCAUUGCAUUUGAUUUCUCAGAUUUAGUACUCAGAGUUAUUGGAAUUUUUCUGCAUUAAUGACGUCAGACUGGUUCUAGUUUGAUGACAUUUUAUUUCUCCAUAUCAGUAUUUAGAAGGUACUAGGCUGCAUGGAAUAACUAAACUGAUAUAAUUGAGAACAUUUAUGGGAGCAUAAGCAGUAAGUGGGCAACUGUGGUGUGGUGUCUUCUUUUAUAUACAUAGAGGGAGGCUACCUGCAUAUGCAUUUUGAUAAAAAUGCAUCAAUUUUCUUAUGAAUCUAACUGAACAAAACCAAGGAUCCUGCUUACAUGCAUGUAAAAGUGACAGGCCCUUAGACGAGGCGUUGGGCAAUGAGCAUGGUACUACGCACUAAGAGUGGAGAGUAUAUGUUCGGAAAAAUAAGAAAAGGGGACUGAUGAGGUGAUAGAAAGAGAAGAGGGGAAAGUGUGUGAACUGAUGUUCUGUUAUAUGAGGUUUAGGGUGCCGUGGUGUUGGUGAGAGAGGGUAUCAAAGGAUCAUUCUGUUAGAGGCAGGAAAUAGUCUAUUCUCUGAAGGAGGCGAGCUCUGUGGAGUAGAAGGGAUUGUCAUCCCUCAAAUUUUGUCCAUUUCUUCAUAAAUAAUAUUCACAUUUCCAUUUCAAUUCUCCCGUUAUUCUCAAUUAUUUGUAAUACUGUCGUGUUUGUUUUUCCUGACAAAAAGUUAAGGCUUUGUUCAUCUUGAGGAAAACAAAGUUGUUUUAUUUCCUUUUUUUGCUUCUAAUUGUAAAACCGAUACAUUGUUUUCAUUUUUUUUUCUCUUUCAAAUAUUUGUACCUCUUGAGCAGUGAAAAUAACUAUUAUUUUUUGUUGUUUUAGUACAAAUAUUUAAAAACAGAAACAAUAUAAAAACAAUGUAGCAAUUUUUGUUAUUAAAAGCGAAAACAUGAAACCUAAACAGAAUCUAUUUCCUGAAACCGAACAGACCUUAAUGUUUUUUAUACUGUCUUCAAUGUCUUUCAUUCCAUCUUAUCCUCUUUGCAUCAAUAUAACAAUGCGAAUAAGGAUGAGGUGAACCGACAACAAUAUUUUGUUUGAAUGGCUUCAGGAUUUUGGUCCGACACCACAGCCUUGUGACAUUCAGGGUUAUGAAUUAUAAAGCUGGAUUCUCUACGAUGUCGCUAAAAUUUGAAAAUAUU